AUUUGGAGACAUACUUCUAUAACUAAAAAGUUUUUGUUUAUCUUAAAUUCAAAUUUAACUGGACAUCCAGUAUUUGUCAACUUCUGCUCAAGAGAAAAUUUUCUAUUAGUUGUUCAACUUCAAAUUUAAAUGACAGUUCCUAAAGUCUUUAAUGACUUCUCUGGGCAGUUUUCUCUUCUGUUCUCUUAUAGCCCAACCAACACCUACGCACUGUAGCAUUUAUUACUCUUGAGUGUAGGUGCUUGAUUCUUCCCAUUCAGUCACUUGAUCUGCAGGGGAACUGUUUUAUGUUCAUCUCUAACUCCCCAGCCAUGGAGAUGUUGUAUAAUUAAAAUGGUUAUUGAAUAAACAUUUAUUGGGCGCCAGUAGGUGUAAGAGCACGCGUGAAGAGAUCAAGUGUUUAUCAGUUGCCUUCUUCAUGUUAAAUAUAAGUGCUAACAGCUUUGCAGUAUUUAAUGUUCAUUAAUAAAUAAAUGGAUGGGCUCAGUCUUCGAACCAGGGAGAUCACAUCUUCCCGAAGCCUGUAACUUUUGGCAAGAAUAACUGAUGCCAUUCUAGUCUGUAUCUCCUGAGAAAGCGGAACGAGCCCGUUUCUAUAGAAACAAAAGGUCUUGCAAGUGGAUAGAAGCAGGAAAUACAAAUCAGCGAGUACUUCCGGUUUAAACCGGAGACGCGGACAACCCGGAAGGUGACGCGGCGCGUUUGCACAUGGCCGCCCCCCGGCUAGGAUGCCACUUGUGGUGUUUUGCGGGCUGCCGUACAGCGGCAAGAGCCGCCGUGCGGAGGAGCUUCGCUGGGCACUGGCGGCCGAGGGCCGCACGGUGUACGUGGUGGAUGACGCUUCGGUGCUGGGCGCGGAGGACCCGACAGUGUAUGGCGAUUCUGCCCGUGAGAAGGCUUUGCGUGGGGCUCUGCGAGCCUCUGUGGAACGGCGUCUGAGUCGUCACGACGUAGUCAUCCUGGACUCGCUUAACUACAUCAAAGGCUUCCGCUACGAGCUCUACUGCUUAGCACGGGCAGCGCGUACGCCGCUUUGCCUGGUUUAUUGCAUAAGGCCAGGUGGUGCGAGCCGAGGACCUCAGGUGACUGGCGGGGAGGAGAAUCCGGGCCGGAAUGUCAGUGUGAGUUGGCAGCCGCGCGCCGAGGAGGACGGGAAAUCUGAGACUGCAGGCACCAAUUCUGUCAUCGAACCGGUCUCUAUAGUAAAUGGGCGAACCCGGGUCUACGUACCUAGGGAACUGGCGCCGGAAGAAGCCGGAGCAUCAGAUUCUUCAGCUGUAGUGAUGCCAGAGUCGGAGAAAUCUGUGAAGCAUGUGCCCAGUGCCUUUUACCCUCCCGAACUAAUGGAGGCUCUAACACUGCGCUUUGAGACUCCUGACUCUCGGAACCGCUGGGAUCGGCCUUUGUUUACUGUGGUUGGCUUAGAAGAGACAUUACCUCUGGCGGAGAUCCGGGCUGCCCUUUUUGAGAACCGGGCUCCCCCACCACAUCAAUCUACACAAUCCCAGCCCCUUGCCUCCGGCAACUUUCUACACCAGUUGGAUCAAGUCACAAGCCAGGUGUUGGCCGGACUGAUGGAAGCACAGAAGUACGCUGUGCCUGGGGACUUGCUAACACUUCCAGGCACCACAGAGCACCUACGGUUCACUCGGCCCUUGACCAUGGCAGAAUUGAGUCGCCUCCGUCGCCAGUUUAUUUCUUACACUAAAAUGCAUCCCAACAAUGAGAACUUGCAUCAACUGGCCAAUAUGUUUAUUCAGUAUCUGGGUCAGAGCUUGCACUAAUCAGAGCGGUAGGGAGCAUCCAAGGCUUCCACUACACUUUUAUUUCCCUAGGAAGAAUAGUCCGAAGGCCUACAGAGUGUGUUGGUGUAUUACUGGAGCUGCUGAAUUUGACUGAUUUGUUCAAACUUUACUGACCGCCUCUGCCAGGCUCUGAAUUUAUAGCUUAAGUUUGAGAGAACAGGGAACUAGUCUGGAGGAGCCUGGCAAAUUCCUCCAGAGGAGAGAGCCCAAAUGGACAGGGAUUGCUUAGAUGGAUUCUACUUGGUAUAUCAUACACUGUUGAUUUUCCCCAUCUGAAUAGUGGGUGAAGAGACUGGAUGGGUAAGAAUUGUUUUAAAACAGUUGUGAACAGAAUCUGAGGAUGACACUGUUCCGGACUCUGCAGUGACCAGUCUUUCUUACUACAAACCUUUUCUGAGUUCUCUACCUAAUUUUUGCUCUUCUUUAUUCUGGUUUCACUGAUAAACCCAUUGUUUUUGGUCUUUGGGAAUUUUUGAUUUUGUGAAAGUGGAAGACAUAACCAGUGGGUCAUUUUCUCUAAUAAAAUCUUUUAAAAGUAGAGAGGCUGCUGGACUCUCAUUUAAUGUGACUUCAUAUUUUCCAUGUUACUUAGUGUAAUAUUUUAUAUACACAUGUAUCAUUGUUUUAUCUUUGGCUGAAAUUGUAUUUUUAUAGUGCUCAGUGAAAGACUAGAUUGUUUGGCCACCCUAAAAUGACUAAUUAUGGCACCUUAAUGGCUGUUGUGCUUUAUUCUGUAUUUUAAGGUACAUAUCACACUAACCCUUUUUGCUUUUGUUAGUUUCUUUGAACAAAUGUAAAUACUGUACCUACUAUAUUAGUACCCGUGGUUUUUCAAAGACUAAUUAAAUUGCCUUUGCCCUUGAGAAGUUUGUGAGAAAUACAGAAAGGUGAUAAUGGGAAGAAAAAGAUUGGUGGUCAGAUGGUGGUGACAAAUGCUUUAGGAGCCCAGAAGAGGGAAAGACUGACUAGCUGCUAGAAAAGGGCAGUUUGGGAAGAGUGUGCCAGGGAGAAAAGAGGGAGGAAGACAUUCUAAAAUGCAUGCUCCGAAAGUGAAUGGAGCUAUAAAAGUUUGAUAGAUGGGCUGCCUUGGUUGAUGGUGUGUUUAUUGCUUGUAAAGUAAUCUGGGCCACUUUGUGUUUCUGAUGCACAGGAUUUGUGUGUCAAAUGGAGGUUUGCAGUAGGCAGCCAUAAAGGCCUUUUCCAUCUUUCAUUUUUCAAAUAUUUUGAUCCUUUGGGAGUCUCACUUUUCUCAUUUCUAUUAUGAGACCAUUGAGAGUAUACCCUAGAGUUGUUUUGAGGAUUUAAAUGAGAUAAUGCAUGUAAAGCACAUUGCACAAUGUCAUCUAGUAAAUGUUUAGCAUGCUUUGGCUAUUAUGGUCACAUACAUCCCUCUACCCACCUAAACUUGCCCUUCUUAUAUGGUUUAUAAGUCUUUACAAGUACUGGAGGCAUAAGUCUGUCCUAGGUUUAUAAUAAGCUGAAGGCGAGGUUGUUGAGUAAUUCAUUUAUCACUUACUAGAUGAGCUAAUUUAUGUAUUUUUACAUAAUAUUUACUUGCAUAAAUAAAUGGCUGUUAGAAGUGUUUGUUAUCAAUAGUUCCUUAUCUUAGGAAGCAAGUGUAAUGGAGGUGUAGUUUAAUAUGGUAAGUACAGUUAAAACUACUUUACCUUGUAUAGUAUUAUGGUGGUAUGGUGAUAACAGGAUUGUGUGAUGGACAAAGCCAGUGCCUGCCUACAUAGGGCCCUCCUAUUUGGCAAAUGAAAUGAAGCCUUUUAAGAGCUUCAUUUAGCCAAUCUGGUUCAGGUGGAUUAUGUUGCUCAUUAUUUAUAAAAAAAAAAAAGCAAACAAACAGUUUUUCAUCACUGACUAUAAAAAUAUU